AUGGCCAAAAAGGGGAUGGGACUUUUAUUUAUACGUGGUUUUAAAUUUGAACAAAUUUUCCAGGUGAUCACGGCCUUGGGAAAGGUGUGGCAUAUUGAGCACUUUACCUGUGCUAACUGUAACCUCCCUCUGGGAACCAAGAACUUCUACGAGAGGGACGGAGAGGCCUACUGUGAAGAGGACUACCACAAGAUAUUCGCUCCUAAAUGUGCCUACUGCAACGGGCCUAUUGUAGACAAAUGUGUGACUGCAUUAGACCUGACCUGGCAUCCGGAUCACUUCUUCUGUGCCCAGUGUGGGCGACCGUUCGGAGACGAUGGAUUCCAUGAAAAGAACGGCAAGGCCUACUGCAGACAAGACUUUCUGGAUAUGUUUGCCCCGCGUUGUGGAGGAUGUGGCCACCCAAUUCUAGACAACUACAUCUCGGCCCUGUCUCGACACUGGCACCCAGAGUGCUUUGUUUGUAGGGACUGCCACCAACCGUUUGGAGGGCGAAGUUUCUUUGACCAUGAAGGAUUACCGUACUGUGAGACCCACUACCACGCCAAGCGGGGCUCCCUGUGUGCCAGCUGUCAGAAGCCCAUCACCGGCCGAUGUAUCACAGCCAUGGGCAAGAAGUUCCACCCUGAACAUUUCGUUUGUGCCUUCUGCCUGAAGCAGCUUAACAAAGGGACAUUCAAGGAACAGAACGAUAAGCCUUAUUGUCACCCCUGUUUUGUGAAACUCUUCGGCUGAUGGAGAUGCGUUUAGUACUAUAGUCAACUUAUGAAGGCUUUUGUUAUAUAUACAUGAAUUAUAUUGUAUUUUUAUAUGACAUAUCUAUAUAUCUUUAUCUCUAUUUGGAAACCAUUAUUUUUACAUUUCAUAAUUGCUGUUAAUUCACACCAGUUGAUUGAUUUCUUGCUUGUUAGAUUUAUUUCUUUAGCAUAUUUUGUAGACUGCCAGAAGAAUCUUUUUAUCCUGCUUCGAUAUAAGUGAUCAAGUAAUUGUUUUAUCUAUUUUGCUUCAAGUCACUGGAGUCAGAAAAGUUCAUUCACAGACUCAGUAUUCAUCCUGUACAUUCUGUUCUUGCAUGUGGCUAAUGAGUGGAGUAUGAUUAUGUUCCUUUUUCUUGGGUCCCCAGAAAAUUGGUAUCCUUCUUUGGGAUAACACAGAAUUACUAAAGAAUGAUGUAAAUGUAUUUUGUAAUCUAGUAACAAGAUGAAAGUAUGCCCACCAUUUGCAAAAGAUUUAGGAAGUGUUUGUUGCUGCUUAAUCAUGAGACACAUGUUAACGUAUUACUUUUAUACAACGGCUUGCAACUAUUAUAGCCAGUUUAUAUACAAAGCUUUCAUAAGGUUUUGUGGGUACAAUCCCAUGGUGACCUAAAAAGAGACACAUUAAGGGAAGGUUGAAUUACCUUUCUCUUUGCUGCUGAGAGAAAAGACAGAGCUUCAAGACUUGGAUUCCAUGUUUUACCUGAAUGGAGACCAUGUUUGUCCAGAUACUAGUAGCCACCACAAUCUUUAUCGGAACAGUUUAUCCAUCAACAUUUAUUUUAUAUUGCUUGUGAUAUACAUGUACUUGUGUCCAACAUCUUGAUAAUAAAUUAAGAUAUUGCAAUAUUA